GGAGUUACAAUAAAUUUUGAAAUGAGGUCAUGGGACACUUCUCCCCCUUCUUUCUCCUCAUUCCAUUUGUAUGAUGGCAGCAAGUCCUACUUCUUCCUUGAAGUUUAGUGUUGAAGACAAGCCAAAGUGGAACAUUUGCUGGGAUUGGGAGCGGCUGCAUACUCCGGCCAAAGCAGGGGACCAGUUGAAGGGGGAAGAGACAGUAUCUGCAGCAGGAAAGAACAGCGCCUGGAUAACAGCAUGAGGGCCUGUGGAGGUCAGAUGCUGCUGUGUCUCAUAGCCCUUGCUGUCCUGCCAUUUGGAGUGUUAAAUCAAGAUCCAACAGAUGAUCCAGUAGAUACUUUGGGUGCAGCUGAUCCUGGGGAAACAGUAGUAGAUGAAAAAGGUGAUGAUACAACAGCUGCCCCUGAUUGCCAUGAAGAGCAAUUUCCUUGCACACGUCUGUACUCUGUACGCAAGCCUGUGAAGCAAUGCAUCAGUUAUUUGUGUGUUACCAGCAUCCGCCGGACAUACAUGAUAAAUAAGGAGAUUUGCUCUCGUAUUGUUUGCAAAGAGGAUGAAGCCAUGCAGGAUGAGAUUUGCCGCCAGAUGGCUGGCUUGCCUCCACGCCGCCUUCGUCGGUCUGGUCAUCCCCAAGGGCCACUUUGCCGACGGAAGCAACAGCAGAAGGCUCUUGAUGCCCAGUGAGCAAGAAUUUCUAGAGAAGACUACAAGGAGGAGGACCCACCGAAUAGUUCCACUGCUGACAACCCAACAUAAGUUUGCCUUCUUCUCAUAACCUCAUGUGUUGGGAGGCGCUCCAUUUCAAAAAGCUUCCUUGCUUGCAUCUCACUGGUGGCACCUGAUGUCACCUUUGAGAUGGGAUGCUAGCAUUGUCCUGUGCUUCCGCUUCUACAUCAUGCUUGCCUCAGGGCUGCUUGUAUAAGCACUCUUCUCACACUUACCUUAACAUAUACAUGCAUAUCUCUAUACACAACUAGAGGCCCAUGCCUGAUCUACCCCAGUACUUGGUUUCCACUGCCAAUUCUAGAGCCAAUUUGCCUACAGCCAGUAAAUGGCACACUCACACACACUUCCAGUCCAAACUGUGUAGAGCUGACAAUCUACAACACUUAUUUUGAAGACUCAAAUAGUUAUCAAUCACAAGAAGCAUCCACUUAAUAAAUCUGUUUAAGACAGAUGCUCCACAGAAAUGUCAAAUGAGACCGAUCUCCUGAGAGGGGACUGAAGAGGCUGACAUCAAGGUCAGAUUCCAUUUGCAUGUGGAGAAUGAGCUCUGUUUUUGGUGCUCUGUAUGGGUUGCUCACAGUGCAUGCUAAGGUCCUGUAUACCUCUUCACAGAUUCAUUAAAUAUGAUCUCCAGUGAUUCCCUGUCUAAGGCAUUAAUAAUGACCAUCAUAUACUUCUUUUGGUGCAUGAGAAGAAAACUCCUAAUUCUGUAUCUGAGUAAGCAGAAACUGAAUUUUUGAAAAUUAUAUAUAUAUUUUAUUUUGUUUGCAGAAAAAACUACCACACACUACAGAUACAUGAAUUUGCCUAUUAAACAUCUAUCACUAUUACUAAAGUAAUAAAAAUAACUAGCAUUUAAUACUAAUACAGUAGAGUCUCACUUAUCCAAGCUAAACGGGCUGGCAGAAGCUUGGAUGAGCAAAUAUCUUGGAUAAUAAGGAGGGAUUAAGGAAAAGCCUAUUAAACAUCAAAUUAGGUUAUGAUUUUACAAAUUAAGCACCAGAAUUUCAUAUUAUACAACAAAUUUGACAGAAAAAGUAGUUCAAUACGCAGUAAUGUUAUGUUGUAAUUAUUGUAUUUAUGAAUUUAGCACCAAAAUAUCAUGAUAUAUUGAAAACAUUGACUACAAAAAUGGCUUGGAUUAUCCAAAGGCUUGGAUAAGUGAGAUUCUACUGUAGUUAACUAUUCUACUGCCCAAUCCCAAAAAGACUCAGAAAAGUUGAUUUCCAUUCUUCAAUCUGAAGUUCAAAAUCUAUGAAAUUCUUAAGUCUUAAACAUAGGAACUACUUUUCUUUGGGAACAAAAAAUAUUUCCAUGUACUGUAUACCAAUCUUUGAGUUCUGGAAGCCAAGUAAACAGAAAUACCAUUGAUACUGACAACUAUGCUGAAAACGCAGAUUUUUUUUCGUGUCAGGAGCGACUUGAGAAACUGCAAGUCACUUCUUGUGUGAGAGAAUUGGUUGUCUGCAAGGACGUUGCCCAGGGGACGUCCGGAUGUUUUGAUGUUUUUAUUAUCCUUUGUGGGAGGCUUCUCUCAUGUCCCCGCAUGGAGCUGGAGCUGAUAGAGGGGCUCAGCCACACUUUCCCUGGGUUGGAUUCGAACCUGCAGCCUUCAGGUCAGCAACCCAACCUUCAAGUCACAAGGCUUUAACCCACUGCGCCACUAGGGGCUCCUUGCAAACUCAGAUAAGAAGUAGGCAUUAGGUACAACUUAAACCAGAUUGCAGUUACUGAUGUUUUGUCGUGGUCCAAUCAUUGUAUCAGACAGUUGCAGUGGCAACUUUAAACUAAACUAAAAAUGGAAGUAAGUAAGUAAAGUAGUAAGUAAGUAAAACUUUAUUUAUAUACCACCCUCUCUUCCCGAAGGGACUCAGGGCGGUUUACAAACAUAAAAACAGCAACAUACAUUAUAUAAGCAACACAAUACACACAUUAUUAAGCAAAAUUAAAGACCUAUACAACAUAGUGCAAAUACCAGAGGCUUUAAGAAUAUUUGCAGUUUUUCUUGUCCUUGAUGACAAAAGGUAUGCUACCGUAAGACAUCAAGAUAUCUCACGAGAAAAUGCAAUUCAGGACUUUAUUGUCAAAAUGUGUUUGCAGAAGUAAAUUGGGCUUUAUACCCCAAUUUGCUAAAAUCCAACACUUUGCACAGAAGUUGUUUACCUCAAAAUAUAAUUUUCUGUCUUAAAAUUGGGUGUUUUUGCAAAAAAAAUAAAUAAAUGCAUAGGUCCCUGAAGUUUCAUAGGUCCCAACCCAGACUUUAAAUCUUAAUCAGCAAGGGAAAUAGUUUCAAAAUUAGUUGUCUUUAUAUGCAAGAAUAAAAUAAAUGAAGAAUGAUAUCUGUAGGAGAUACAGAUUUCAGGAAUAAUGCAAUCUGGACUUUUCUUUCCUCAGUGAUGGCACAGCCUGCCAAUGCUAACUAAUGCUAAAGGCAUUUUGUGACUUGAUGUCCUUGAUGGAUUAUUUUGUUGCAAGAAAAAGGAGAGGGAAAAAAAAUGUAAAGUUGCAAAUGGAAGAGAAUAUGUUUUAUGUAGGGUUACUACAGAAGACAAGCCUUAGCUGGAAGUAUCCCUAGCGGUUGGGUACCAUAACAAAUGCACUGUAGCUGGAAAUAGACAGUAGUUUGCCAAAGCGCUGAAGGGGGUGUCAUAGCAUUUUCACUGCUGACAUUCCCAGUCACUGACUGUGUUCCUUGAUUUUUGACCAGAUUAAAAAAGAAGAAUAAGUUGGUCUGAUAAGCAACACAAACAAUAGGUUACCAUGCACAAUGUUGAUUUUAUCACAAGAACACUAAGGCUGCAUUACCUGAAUCAAGGCUGUAGGUACAUCCAGUUCUGUGAUUACUGUUCUGAUUCUUAGGCUGUGGGUCAUUUCCUACAUCCCAACACCUUGCUACCAUUUUAACCACAGACUAAAUGUUGGGCCUUCAAAGAUCUGUCACUACAUAGUGGCCCCUCCCUACUUUCAGAUGUUGGAGGGUGGGGGAAACCCAAUUGUUGUUCCAAGCCAUAAUGUAUCUCAAAGGGAAGCUUUCCAUUUAUUUCUCUGGAGUCUUAGAAUUUCCUUUGCAAAAGCUCUUCUCCUCUCUCAGACAUUAAACAUGUUCAGCACAGUAGUUUUUGCAAUAUUUAAUUUAUAACCCAGGCACCUGUGUUUUGCUUGAUGGUUUCUUACUUUUCCUCUCCCUUUCCAAAUCCCUAUCUAAUAUGCAUCAAAACUGAUCCAUCCCGCCACCUGGUCCUAGCUAAAUCUGUAUAUGCUACUUUGCAUUCAUUUGUCAACAAUAGCAAGCACCUGAACAAUAGUAAAAAGAAUUUCUGUAUGGUUGUUGUAUAUCUUUCGGGCUGUGUGGCCAUGUUCCAGAAGUAUUCUCUUCUGACGUUUCUCCCACAUCUAUGGCAGGCAUCCUCAGAGGUUGUGAGGUAUGAAAAAACUAAGCAAGGAAUGUUUAUAUAUAUCUGUGGGGAAGUCCAGGAGUGUGGGAAGAACUCUUGUCAGUUGGAGGAUAGUGUAAAUGUUCCAAUUAAUCAUCCUAAUUUGCAUUGAAUGGCUACACCUACUAGCUACUUUCUACCUGAGGGCAUUCUUCGUUAGCUGCCCCUGGUUCCCAUGUCUCAGAGUGUUGCUUCUUAUUUACUGUUCUGAUUUUUGAGUUUUUUAAUACUGGUAGCCAGAUUUUGUUCAUUUUCAUGGUUUCUUCCUUUCUGUUGAAGUUGUCCACAUGUUUACACUAUCCUCCAACUGACAAGAGUUCUUCCCACACCCCUGGACUUCCCCACAGAUAUAUAUAAACAUUCCUUGCUUAGUUUUUUCAUACCUCACAACCUCUGAGGAUGCCUGCCAUAGAUAUGGGUGAAACAUCAGGAGAGAAAUACUUCUGGAACAUGGCCACACAGCCCGAAAGACAUACAACAACCCUGUGAUCCCGGCCAUGAAAGCCUUCGACAACACAAUUUCUGUAUGCAUAGAACAACUCUGUAGACUAUUUGAAUCCAGUUGUCCAAUUUGAACUGCUUGGAAUAGAGGGCACUGGGUUGGGAUUUGUGUGAAGGGCACUCAGUCUUAUUCAGAAUGUAGAAGUGUGUUAAGAAUUUGCUAAUAUAAGUUAAUGGAUGAAAUUUUGAUGUCUGUAGUGUAGCUGGAUCUCACUCUUAUUAGGAUGUUUCUUUCCACUGGUUAGCUUCAUGACAAAUAGGAGCAUUACAGGAGGAUUAUAAAUCCAUGUUCACAUCACAGCUCACAUAAGGGAAUUCUCUUGGCUUGUACUGUGCGGACAUUUAUGCUCGCAGUUUUACACAGGUUGAAUGGCUUAAGCACAAGGGUAAUAGAUCAUACAUGAUAUGGCCUGCUCAGCCUGUAAUUUUACAAUAUUCCAUGAAGAAGUGGGGCACGUGGAAUGUAUUUACAGGGAAGAAUCCUCUCUUAAAAAGUGAAGGUGUUAUUAAGGAGGUUAAUAAGUUCAGACAAAACAGGUAUAGCAAUCUUAGCACUUGACUGAAAGUAUACAGCGUUCCCUCGCUACUUCGCGGUUUACUUUUCUCUCCCUCGCUGUUUCGCGGGUUUUCAAUUAAUAUUAAUGUACACAUUUAUUGUGGUAUUUCGCUGUUUUGUAGGUUUUUGCAGUGUGCAAAUGGUUUUGGAAGAGGGGGAAGAGAGAAAUAAAGGGAGAAGGGGGGAGGGGAGGCGAGGGUUGGAAAUAAAAAAAGGGUUAUUUAGCUUCCAUUUUUUCUCUCUGCUGGUGUACUGUAUAUUGUAACUGCUAAAAUAAAGUACAGACUGCAUUGUA